AUGUCACGGGCCAAGUUUGACGAGACAGUCGAAUUGCACAUCAAGACCAACGCAGACCCUCGCCACGCAGACCAGCUCAUUCGCAGCGUGACGCAGCUGCCCCACGGCACGGGCAAGACCCAGCGAGUGGUCGCCUUCGUCCAGGGGGAAGCCGAGACCAUCGCUCGCGAGGCCGGCGCCCGACUUCAUUGGCGACGCUGA